CAAGAAGAACACAAUAAAUAAAAAGAGAGAGAGAGUCAUAAACAAGGCUUUAUUAUAAAAGAAGGAUUAAGUUGUUUCAAAAUUCCCAUAUUCCUCAGCUCAUAUAUAAAAAUUUAACCACUGAACCCCUUUUUGUGUGUGUGUGUGUGUGUCUCUACAAAAAGCCCCUCUGUUUCAUUUUUCCCCACCACCAAAAACUUGGGAAUUGAAAUUAGAGGGCGAUGGAACUGCCACCUGGAUUCCGAUUCCAUCCGACGGACGAAGAGCUCAUCACACACUACCUAUCCCCUAAAGUCCUCUCCUCCACCUUCUCAUCUCCGGCGAUCGCCGAAGUGGAUCUCAACAAAUGCGAGCCCUGGGAUUUGCCAGGUAGGGCUAAAAUGGGGGAAAAGGAAUGGUAUUUUUAUUGUGUGAGAGAUAGGAAAUACCCAACAGGGUUAAGGACGAAUAGAGCCACAGAGGCAGGGUACUGGAAGGCAACGGGGAAAGAUAAAGAGAUAUUGAAAGGGAGAAAUCAUAACAAUAAUAAUAUUGUGGGGAUGAAGAAAACUUUGGUGUUUUAUAAAGGAAGAGCUCCAAGAGGACAUAAAUCUAAUUGGGUGAUGCAUGAGUAUAGAUUACAUUCCAAUAGUAAUCAUUCUUCUUCUUCUUCUUCUCCUCCUUAUUCUCAACAUCAUCCUCUUCCUCUUCCUCUUCCUCUUCCUACUACUUCAUCUUCUCAGGAAUGGGUAAUAUGUAGAAUAUUCCAGAAAAGUGAGAGCUCAAUGGGAAAAAAAGGAAACGAUGAAAUAACGAUGGCAGAGAGUUCAUCCUCUUCCUCUCUUCAUGCCCUUCCUCCAUUAACCGACUCAGAUCCUGCUUUGCACGUGACCUGCUUCUCCAAUUCAACGGAGAUGGAGCCAGAGGACUUCCAUUACCUUCAAAACCACGACGCUUUCUUUUGGUUACCCGAUUUUCAAGAUAUUAAACAAACCCAAAUCUUUUCUUCUUCUACUACUACUACUAAUAAACCCUCUAAUUAUGACCACUACCAACUUCAUCCAUCUCCUCCUCCUCCUCCUUCCCUUUGGAAUUACUAAUCUAUGUAUAUGUAUAUGUGUGUAUAAUCCUUUAAUUUUCUUGUUUUUAUUUAUAUGUUUUUCUGACUACGUGUGGUUUUGUCGAGUUUAAUACUCGUGUAAUGAAAUGUCCCACUAGUUGAUUUUUGGAAUGAAAAGUAUGUGUUACAUUACA